AUGUCACAUGAAGAUUAUCGUAGUUCGAACAUAAGUGAUAUUCUUGUCGGAAAUGAAGCUAGCUUGAAUGAAACAGAUAUAUGGAAAGAGAAUACAGAAUCGAUUUAUAAUAUCAAUGGUGAUAUUGAAUUUGACAAUGUGAACUUUACGUAUCCAUCUAGAAAAGAACUAUCAGUUCUGCAUAAUCUCUCUUUUAUUGCUCGUACUGGUCAGACAACUGCUCUUGUAGGUUCAAGUGGCUGUGGAAAAAGUACAUGUAUAUCACUAUUGCUUCGUUAUUAUGAGCCUUCCUUGGGUCAAAUAAAGAUCACUGGUCGGCCAAUAACAGAUUACAAUGUCAAGCAACUUCGUCAAAACAUUGGAGUUGUUAGUCAAGAACCUAUUCUGUUUAAUAUGAGUAUUUAUGAAAAUAUUCGUUUUGGUAAAGUAAAUGCUACCCAAUCAGAAAUUGAAAAUGCAGCACGAGAAGCUAAUGCACAUAAUUUCAUCAUGGAAUUACCAAAUGUUUGUACCAAAUAUUCAUAUCUAUCUAUCCAUCUAUCUAUAUAUAUAU